ACAGAUUCGAUUUUCGAUUCGAUCAAAAAGUGCGUUUUGUCUAGGGGGGCUGUGCUCUAAUCCAUAUCUGUGAGUCAAUCAGUCUAUGGUGGUGGAUAGUGGCGGUCGGGCUAAAGUUAUUGAAAAUUCAUAUAAAUCAUAAUUAAUUUGUGACAAAAGUAUUUUGUGUGGUGACCCUGGAUGUGUUGAAUGUUUCUAGUCCUAAUCGCUAAUUUUUACAAACGAAAUACCUUGCUAGUCCGUCUGAAUCUCGGCCGGCUGCGCUAGGAUAUUUUCCUGAAUUUUUUGGUCUUCGAAGCCUCUGUUCAUAUGUAAUGGGCGAAAGUGACUGGAGACCGUUCAUAUACGGCGGUCUGGCGUCGAUCGUCGCGGAAUUUGGUACAUUCCCAAUAGACACGACUAAGACUCGCCUUCAGAUCCAGGGCCAGAAGAUAGACCCGCGUCAUGUGGAGCUACGGUACACCGGCAUGGUCGACUGCUUCGUGAAGACCUCGCAGCAGGAAGGGGUUAAGGCUUUGUACUGCGGCAUCUGGCCAGCGGUGCUGCGGCAGGCCACGUACGGCACGAUCAAGUUCGGCACGUACUACUCGCUGAAGCAGUGGAUCGCGGUGCGGCGCGCGGACGGCGGAUCCGUGGAGCACCUGCCCACCAACACCUUCUGCGCCGCCUUCGCCGGAGGAUUCUCCAGCGCCGUCGCCAACCCCACAGAUGUGCUCAAAGUGCGGAUGCAGGUGAGCGCGGCCUCGUCCGAUCGCGGCCUCGUCCGAUGUUUCGCCGACAUCUACCGCCUCGAAGGGACCCGCGGAUUAUGGCGCGGCGUGGGCCCGACGUCGCAGCGCGCGGCGGUGAUCGCGGCGGUGGAGUUGCCGGCGUACGACGCGUGCAAGCGGCGCCUGCUGCCGGCGCUGGGCGACUCGCCCGCCAACCACUUCGCGUCAAGCUUGCUGGCCAGCCUCGGGAGCGCCGUGGCCAGCACGCCGCUCGAUGUCAUACGGACAAGACUAAUGAACCAAAGAAAAGUGAAGGAUCACAUAGCGAAACCAAAUGAAAGGAUAUACAGAGGGACCAUAGACUGCUUCUUACAGACGGUGCGCAGCGAGGGCGGGCGCGCGCUGUACAAGGGCUUCGUGCCGACGUGGCUGCGCAUGGGCCCCUGGAACAUCAUCUUCUUCCUCAGCUACGAGCAGCUCAAGCAGUUCUACUGAACCACCGCCGCCGGCCACAGCCGCCUGCAAGAUUCCAAAGGAUACUUACUCCGCGGGAUGCGAUCCACGCAGGGAGUAAAGCUUGUAUGUAGUAGCAACCGAACCGAUUCGAUGCCGACGCGGUACCGUUUAAAACUAACAACACUAUGCACAAACUUGCUUUAAAAUCUGUAGUUUCUUAACACAAGAAACUUACACCCAUUUUGGCUCUCCUGUUAUCUAAUCGAUCAUCACCAGAGGAAUCCUGGAUAAAUUAACGCAAUAACUAUGAACUACUCCAUCAUUUUGUAUUCUUAAACGACACCGAAAGAUUUUGGCAUCAUCCUCGGUUAUGAGUGAAUAACUGGAGUAUAUGGGUGAGUACUAGAAAAUUAUUGUUUCUUCCCAAGACUUCAAAAACUUGCCAAUUUUUGGUAUGAUCUUGCAUUUUUUUAAAGUUAAACUUUUAGAACCUGCAUUAUUAAUGUAAAAAGUAAGUUAAAAUUGUAGAAUUUGAUUCCACUGUACUGGGUUGAAGGAGCUUAUGUUACGUAGUACCCAGUAGUUCCUUCUCGUUACCUAGUAGUGAGCGUAGUGUAGUUGUUAGCUGGAUUGUGCUUGGUAGUAGUAAUAAAUGCGCUUCAAAUCUAUGAUUAGUAAAUGUGCUGCCUUCGACGAAAAAAAGAAAAAAGGAUUCCUUUUUAUUCCUCCUUAUUCUGACUGCUAAAUAAGUGUCAUCUUUGUAAUGUUCAAUGAUUUGUUCUUUUGCUAUUUUCAGGUAUUGUAAGCAUUUUCCCAAUAAAUUAAUUACUUUUUCCUCACCACUAUAUGCUAUAAUGUCUUCAUAUUAACAAACUUGAGCAGAAAUAACGUGUUCUUAGUUCUUAAGCACUCUAGAAACUUUGACAUAUCAUCUCAAUAAGUUUAGGUAGCAUAUUUACUAAUCAGAUAUCUGAAUUGAAUGAUCAAAGAGUGAGAGAGAUGUAGCCGUCUAAUGAAUUAG